CCCGUAUAGCUGCUCCUUGAAUUUGAGCGUAGGUGUUCCACAUGUGCGAGAUAUCUUGGUUCCUCUCUUCUGCGCCCAUCCCUGGAAACUGCGAUGUGGCCAAAGCUAGUCAGUCGACGUCCAUGCGGGGCAAAUCCUCAACGGGUAAGGGAAUGAUAAUUUGACGUCAUAUCCAGCAAAACGAGGUGUGCGGCCCGUCAGGUCGGGGUAUUGUCCUCUCCCAUGAACCCGACAGUAACCGUCUACAAGGCUGAAGAGUACUCGGGCCUGUUCCCAUCCGCAAUGAGGCAUAUCGAGUCCGCCGGUGUUGAAAUUGAACACUGAUAAGCUCACACUUAAAUAUGGGCCAUUCCUCGCCGAGUGGGAAAGAUCUCAGCUCAUACAUAAAAAUCCGCACAUACCUUACCACUUGAAAUCAUCAUGGUCGGACACUGGCACCAGUUGAAUGUGGCCGUCAUCGGUGGCGGCAUUGGAGGUCUUGCUGCUGCAACGUCUCUUCGCAGGGCAGGCCACAAAGUCACCAUUUACGAGCGUGCCGACUACGCAGGCGAAGUCGGGGCGUCGAUCAGUUGCGCGGCAAACGGUACUCGGUGGCUCGAGGAAUGGGGAGUAGACACCAGCAUCGGAAAGCCCGUCGUCCUACAGAAGUUGAUCCGUCAUGACUGGGGUACGGGCGACGUGCAGGACGUCUACGACUUGUCCGAUUACAAGGACCGAUGGGGCUAUGUGUACAACAUGUUCCACCGCGUCAACAUGCAUGAGAUGCUGAUGGUGUCAGCGACCGGGCCAGGGGAGGGCAAGCCAGCGAAGCUUGUAUUGAACCAUGCAUGCGAGUCAGUAGACCACGAGACGGGCACCAUCACCUUUAAGAACAAAGUGACCGUUCGGCAUGAUCUGAUCGUCGGCGCGGAUGGUAUCGGGUCCGCCGUCCGCCGAACACUCGGCAUUCUCCCUGAACGCAAACAGUCGACGUCAACUUGUUACCACUGCGUUGUCGAAACCUCGGAAGUACGCCGCCUGGGUUUGACGGACAUGUCUCCGAAUAAUGCAAUCGAGUUUUGGGGAGGCCAGGGAAUCGACAAAAUUGUGUUCUCGCCAUGCCGCAACGGCGAAAUCCACUCCUUCUACUGCUUCUUCCCGACCUCGAUGAGCGAUCACGCCGAGGAAGGGUGGAAUUACGAGGCAUCACGAGAGCAGCUACUGGCGCCUUUCCCCAACCUGGAUCCCAGGCUGCUGGACCUGUUCCGGAAUUCCACGGAUAUAAAACCCUGGCGUCUCUUCGUGCAUCAGCCGUACCCUCACUGGCAAAAGGGACGCACGUGUUUGCUCGGCGACGCGGCUCAUCCGAUGUUGCCGGACCAAAGUCAAGGCGCAUGCCAGGCGAUCGAAGAUGCGGCCGCGCUCGGCCUGGUGUUCAGUCCGACUUACUCCUACACCGAGGACGUCAGUGCUGGCUUGGGUUUGUACGAGAAGAUCCGGAAGACUAGAGCUAGCCGGGUGCAAGCAGCGAGUGCGCGCGCGAGGGAGAACAUUUCGGAGAGGAUUGGUUUCUCCAGUCAGAAGACGAGCCAGCGUUAUAAGGUGGCUAACGAGAAUCAGAAGUUGACAAUCGAAGAGAUGAAUGAGUACGAUAUGCAUCGCCACGUCGCCUCGAAUGCUGCUCCGGAGUAUCGUGGUCCAGAAUGGAAAAAGCUGGAGGAGGCGUUGAAUCGGACAGGUGUGCAGUCAAGGUUGUGAGUUUGGACAAGGGGAAUUUGCAUGGACGUACAUACCACGCAUUGUUAUCUGUAGAUACUUGUAAGGAGCUCUGCUUCAUCAGAACAUAAUCUUAUGAGCUUAAUAAGUAGACGCGUUGGUAGUGUAAC